AGAAUCUGCCGGUCGAUUGUUCCUCGAGGCGGCAAGCAGCGCUGGAUAUUCCAGAACGAACCGCGAGGAUUCGCUAGGGGAACCCUACCGUUGGGCUCGGAAGAUUUCCGUUUCCUUCCCAGGAAUCAAUUGCGACUGCGUUCCCGAGAUGAAGAGUCUCUUAUUGUUUCUGAUGGCGGGGACCGCGACAGCGCAAGUAGACAUUAUAAAUAAUGCGAUCGGUGAGUUCAGCAUACGGAUGCUCAAUAGAACCGCAGAAGGAGGAGGAAGGAACACAGUUUUCUCCGCAUACAGCGUCUCGACAGCCCUCGGCAUGUGCCUCCUGGGAUCUAAAGGCGAAACAUUCCUCAACAUGAAAGAAAAUCUUGGACUCGCUGAUGCUAAUAUAAGCGAUAUUGAAGACGGAUUCAGCGAUAGCGUGACCGAACUGACGCCGUUCGCGCAACCCGACGAAGGGCUCAAGGGCUUCGUUCUCAGCGCAGCGAAUCAACUUUUCGUUGACGAGUCUUUCUCCUUGAGUAAGAGCUAUCGUCAACGCAUGCGGAAUAUUUUCCACGCCAAUGCAACCCCGGUGAAUUUCACUCAUCGAGGGCCCGAGGUGCAGGAGGAAAUUAAUUCGUUCGUAUCGAACAAAACACACAAACUCAUCCCCAAACUCCUCGAUGAGCCGCUGCCUUCAACCACCGUGAUGGCUCUAGUGAACGCGCUCUACUUCAAGGGAACCUGGAAGAAGAAAAUGGAAGAGCGACCGUCUCCAAAACGAUUCAACGCAUUCCCAGGUGGCUCCAACCAAACAGCGAAUUGGAUUGGUUUGACCAAAAGUUUCAAACAUGCCGCGUCAGAACAACUGAAUGCACAAUUCGUGGAAGUCCCCUACGCCUCCCGUCAGAAUUCUCCGGUACGGACGUCGAUGUUGUUCAUCGUUCCCGACGAAUCACUGAACGGAAAAUUCGUGGACUGGCUCAAGGACGAUAACUUCACGUGGUCGAAUAUAGACGCCACUAUCCGAUCCAUGAAGAGGAAGAAAGUGGAUCUGACUUUCCCGAAGUUCUCUCUUGAAUCGGAGUUUUCUCUCAAGAACAUGCUGACCGAUCUAGGAAUGGACAUACCAUUCACGGCGCGCGCGAAUUUCUCGAAAAUGGCCGAGAAGUCCGCGGGAAACCUUCACCUGAGUGAGGUCCUGCAUAAAGCAAAGAUCGAAGUCGAUGAAUUCGGAACAGAAGCCGCUGCGGCAAGUACGGCGACGAUAAUGCUCAUGAGCAUGCCGAUGCCCGUCAUUCCGGAAGUUCGCCUGAGAAUCGAUCGUUCGUUCGUGGCCAUGAUCAUCCUACGACAAGAAGAGAGCUUCGUCCCACUAUUCACCGCAGUCGUCGAUCAACUUUGAGCGUUUGCGGGAAUGAUUUGAUAAAAACACGCGCUGUUCCUGCCCC